AUGUGCAACAACUGCGUUCACGACGAGCUCCCGUGUGACGGCGUAGCCCCGGUUUGCACGAUAUGCGCACAGCGUGGAGUUGCAUGCUCUUACAAAACUGAAACGACGCCAAUAGGGCGAACCAAGUUGGUUGUGUUGAAGAUCCCUGGUCUUCCUAAAUCUCAAGAGGUCGAGGCAGCGGAGAAAGCGGUCCCUAGGCACGUGCCUACCUCAAAUCAUAGCUCAGAAACCCAGCUAGAUGGAGGAGAGCGUUCGAGUACGGGCAGCCCAGAUGCGAUCCCCACCAGGAACGCCAACAUUACCCUGCGCACACCGCAUCGGCUGCCCACAGACUCGGAGAACAGAGCGGACAUCACUGUCACAGGACAAGUGCCCGAGUCUCCUGGCUCAGAGUCUAGCGUUAGUGGAGAUUACCAGUAUGUCUAUCAGAGAAGCGUGUCGUCUGAAACUUCAGAGCUUGGUGAACCACUUGAGAUAGAUCUCACGCUGGAAGCCGUUACAAGUUUGAUGGAGGGCCUCCACAAGGAAAUCCGGGCCUGGCACGAAAUGAGCACCCAAGCAGAUUUGCGGCAGGCUACAACUGAUGCGAGAAACAGCCAUGGACCUAAGCUUGACCGGACGUUACAAGACCCUUUCAAGGCGAUCACCGAGCAACGACGUUCAGCAGGCAACGUCUCACAGCAAAAGCCACAGGGAAAGAAAAUGUCCGUCAUUCGAGCGCCUUUAGGUUCCUUUCCAACGGCAGCAGUUUUGCUACCGAAGUAUCAGGCCAUUGGCAGAGUUUCAUCAAGUAUCCUCGCCCCGAACCGCAAGACCGCCAAGCAUUGGGCUUAUUCCGCCGAGGACGAGAAUGACCCAGACUCGGACAAGAAGUACGAUGACUUUGAAAAGCAUUACAUCAUCGACUUUGAAAGCCUAAAGGCUCAGCAAAAGUGCCAGGAGCUAGUCUGGCGGUGGAAACCUUGGAUGGAAGAGACACUGGCCCGGCUCCGGAUUCGGAACACCGACAUUCUCUACUUUUCUACCUACUUCCCAUUCGAGCGUGGCUCGCAUGAUAGCCGGCAGGAAUGGGGGAGCUGCAGCACGUGUGACCUGGUGGACGUGGAGUCUCGACGUAAUCAUCUUGGGAAAAGAUCGUUCGACGCCUUGCCUCGUCCUGACGAUCGCACUCUCGUUCUUACGGCGAUGGUGGCGCGCGCCUUGGAUAAUGUGGCUAAGAUAAGCCUCCGGCACAUUGCUGUGGGCGGUCUUCUCCAGCCAUAUUACCCGGACGACCAAGACGCGACGUUUCAACAAUCGAACCUCUGCCUCAUCUGCUUUCGCCAUCACUGUCCCGAUCAUGGCUCGUACGAGGAUCCCGAGGGGGAUGUCACUCCUGGCGAAGGACAAUCUUUCAUCAACGACAGUGAGCAGAACUCCAAUAUCCGCAGAUAUGUGACCUUACCUGACCGAGGGCGCCGGGACGAAGAUAAGAGGCAUGUGUGUGGAGUGUUCUGUGUGGAGCCGUCACUGAACUUACGCCGAAUCCUAGGACGCCAAAUUGACGGGACGGUCAGUGGGGACAGUCGACUACCGAAGGAACAAGUCAGGCACAUACUUGCAGACGGCCAUUUGUGCUGCCCUUCAUGCUUUUGGGAUGUAAACAACCGACGCGAUAUCAAGGCAUCAGAAGUGAAAUUCCAGCCCUUUCUGUCGGCCUCGCAGAAACUCCUGGUGGAAAAGCUUAUGCCCUUCUAUCUCAACAACCGGCGCGGCCCAUGCCUCAUCUCACGCGUCAUCAAGGAUGUGGACUGCCUAAUGGUUUUCAACCACAUGAUUUUUGCAAUUUUCGACACGCCUCAUGCCGAUCUGGUCUCGGACAAUACAUUUGACGGUGUCACCAAUAUACGUGACUCCGGCACGAUGGAAAAGAAGGGAAAGCCACUGCCACUCAGCGAAACUGCAAAGACGGCAGACCUGGUCAAGCGGGCCCCUUUCCAGCCGUGCCAUCAUGCAGGCCCUUGUCUCAACAAUCCUGCAUGUACCUGUGCUGGGAGCAGGGUCCAUUGCGAACAGUUCUGUGGGUGCGACCAAUCUUGCCGGCGACGGUUCCGUGGUUGCAUUUGCAAGGCUGGCGGCGCGAAGGUCUGCUUCGAAGAUAACCGAUGUGACUGUUGGACCUAUAACCGUGAAUGUGAUCCUCACCUUUGUGGCAAAUGCGGCGUCAUCGAUGUCCUCGACUCCUCUAACAAAUACAGAGACGAAAUUCGGAUGGGCCGCUGCAGGAACAAUCGCAUCCAGUUGGGCUUACCGGCUCCCACCACCAGAGCACCGAGCCAGGUCCAAGGCUACGGACUGUACAGCCGAGCGGAGAUUUCAAUGGGCGAUUUCGUCGGCGAGUACACUGGUGAGAUCAUCAGCAGAUCCGAGGCAGACAGGAGAGGGACCAUUUAUCAGUUGAUCAAUCAAGAGUAUCUGUUCAACCUCAACCGGGACCAGGAAAUCGACGCCUCUAAACAUGGCAACAAAAUGCGGUUCAUGAACAAUUCGCAAAAAGAAGAGAAUAUCAACGUGGUAGCCAAGAGCUUCCUCUGCCACGGCUUGACACGGAUCGGGCUCUUUGCAAAACGAGAUAUCAGACCUGGUGCCGAAUUGCUGUGGCAGUACGGCUAUUCGGCCGAGCGGGUAAAGUUCUUUUGGGAGCCGGGAGAAAAGCCUGUCACUGCCCGAGCCCUGAUUCCCUUUUCCAACGAACGGGUUGCCCGAAACGCCGGCAAGAACAAGCCGGCCGCGGAGACCUUACAAAAGGCCCAGGACAAGAGCACCCAGUCUCCCACAGUGCACCGGAGCCAAAAGCGCAAGAGACAACUAAGCGAAAGCCCCGAGCAAGAACCUGGUGGAUCUGUUGCAGACAGUUCCGAAGAACUGGAUGUGGAAUCCUCGGCCGACGAACCGCUCCAAGUGCCAGAGGUAGACGAUUCGGCCGAUUCGGACUACGUCGAGACCAACGAUCGCGUCUUUCCAGGGGCGGGUAUCGACGACGACGAGGAAGAGUCAGAUGAAGAGGCGAGGACCGAUGCUGUCAGGGACCCCAGUGGCCGCACGACCGGUUCGAAGCGCGGUACUCCAAGGGGAGGUCGCGGCAAUACUGCCAACGGUACCGAAUCUCCUCGGUCGCAGCGCCAGCAUCCAGCGGACACAGGAACACCUCCCCAUGACGACGCUCAGAGCAACAACAGCCAGACCCACGCAAACCCACCGAUGAGUUCGACUACCUAUGAGUCGGACCAUCGUCGAAGGGCGCUCCGACCCAAUGAUAAGAGACUAGGAGGGAGAUCGCAGCAACGAGCGUGGGAGACGAGGAAGCGCAAUGGCGUGGUGCACGGCGCGAAACCCUAG